GCCUCUCUUUUCAUUGCGAGAGUAGCUGGUAAGCAAGAGAUUAGAGAGUGCGCCAAACCCCCUUAUAAUGCGCACACCUCUUCUCUCUCGCCUUCCUCUCUCAAACCCUUAUUAGAUCCUCAGCUUCAAGCACCUAUCUCUCUCUCUCUCUCUUUUCAUCCCUCUUACUCUAACCCUGGAACAUUUCUCCUACCAUUCCUGCUCCUCUUCCUCCAGAUUUUGAGGAACUUAUGGGGAAGAAGGUUAAGAAGAAGGCUAGAGCUCCUCAAAAGGAGAAGUGGGUUCCAUCUGAUUCCCCGAAGAAGGUUGCUGAACAAAGCAACCCAAGCGUUAAGGAUGAUGGUGAUGAUGGAGUUUCAGUUGCAAAAGUGAGAAAUGCUUGUCCUCACAUUGACAAAGGUGUUGAUUUGAAUAAAUUGCAAGCUAAAAUUGGGUCUUCAGCAGUUAUUAGGUGUGAAGAUUGCAGGGAAGGCGCCAUUGAUAGGAAAGGGGGUAAAGGAAAGGGCAAACAUGGUAAGAAGAAAGGAGGUGCUGAUUCUAAAUCCGAGUCAAAAUCUGUAUGGCUUUGUUUAGAAUGCGGUCAUUAUGCUUGUGGUGGGGUUGGACUUCCAAUAACCCCUCAGUGCCACGCAGUUCGGCAUGCAAGGCAAACUCGUCACCCAUUGGUGGUGCAGUUUGAAAACCCACAGUUGCGAUGGUGCUUCCAGUGCAGCACACUUAUUACCAUUGAUAAGACGGGGGAGAAUGGUGAAGAAAAAAAUGUCUUUUCUGAUGUUGUGAAAUUAAUUAAGGGUCAUUCGUCGGAGAACUCAUCAGGUGAUGUCGAGGAUGUAUGGUUUGGUAGUGGCAGUGUGACAAGCGAAAUCAAAUCAGCUAGCAAUACAUCAAGCCUUUUGGAUGGAAGAGGAGGUUAUGCAGUAAGAGGAUUAGUUAAUCUUGGUAACACUUGCUUCUUCAAUUCUAUUUUACAGAACCUUCUAGCUAUUGAUAGGUUGCGGGUUUACUUCUUAAAUUUUGAAGCACCUGCCGGACCGCUUACUAUUUCCUUGAAGAAACUCUUUACUGAAACAAAACCAGAGGCAGGAUUCAAGAAUGUGAUAAACCCUAGAUCGUUUUUCGGUUGUGUCUGUUCCAAGGCUCCCCAGUUUAGGGGCUAUCAGCAGCAAGACAGUCAUGAAUUGCUUCGUUGCUUACUGGAUGGAUUGUGUACUGAGGAGUUGAGUAUGAGGAAACGUACAAGUUCUUCCCAGCAAAAUGAGGAUUCAUCAAAUCCAGUUCCUACGUUUGUUGAUGCUGUAUUUGGGGGACAGGUAUCAAGUACUGUUCGCUGUGUUGAAUGUGGUCACUCAUCAACUAUCUAUGAGUCAUUCUUAGAUCUGUCACUGCCAGUCCCAACCAGGAAAUCCCCACCUAAGGCUUCCCUACCAAGCUCUCGAGCAAAGAAGACGAAGCUUCCACCCAAGAGGACUGGAAAGGUUCGAUCUAAAAUUAACAAAGACAAGAACUCUGCAACAUCUCCAAGUGUGGCAACCACAUCAACCAGCGGUGAGCUCUCUAACCAGGUACAGUCAAGUUCUACUGAGCUAAAUGUACCUGAACAAAACGGCUUGGUUAUGAAGAAUCUAUCAGCUGUCCAAGAAUCUCAACAUGAACAAGUCUUUGAGAAUGCAGCAGGAGAACAAGCAUCAGCUUUGUUAGAUGACUUUACAUGGAUGGAUUAUCUUGAUGAUGGAAAUAUAUUAGAUGACUAUGAUUUGACUUCAGAAAAUGCUAUUGUUUCAAUUGUUCAAGAUCCUAAAAGUAUUAAUACAUCUCUUAAUGAUGUCUCACAACAGAGUGGCUCUGAGAUCAGUGAUAAGGAUUUCAAGGUUACUGGAGAACAGAAUGUAAAACCAAACUUUUCUUCAGUGAAUGCUGAGGAGGACGAGCUCCCAUUGCAGGUUCAAAGUUCUGAAAUUUUAUUGCUUCCAUAUAAAGAAGAUCAGAGUUCUGAAAUGUUGUUGCUUCCACAUAAGGAAGGAUGUUCCAUCACUGGGGAAAUCAUGGGAGGAGAAGGAGAGGCAUCGUCAUCAACUGUGGGUUGUGGACAAGAUGAUUUUGAUGGCUUUGGAGACUUAUUCAAUGAGCCUGAGCCUGAGGUUGUUGCUGGGCCCAGUCCAAGGCCCUCUACUGGUGAGGAAGGUACAGCAACUAGUCUUGUAGCUAGUGAGUCUGAUCCUGAUGAAGUUGAUGAUACAAAUUCUCCGGUCUCUGUAGAGAGUUGUUUAGCUCAUUUCAUAAAGCCUGAGCUUCUUGCCAAUGAAAAUGCUUGGCAUUGUGAGAACUGUUCCAAAUCUCUGAAGCGCCAAAGGUUGGAAGCAAAGAAGCGGCAAAAAGCUGCAACUAAAUGUUUGAUAAAUGGAUGUGAGACUAGAGUCCAAAGUGUUUCUCUGAGUUCAGACACUGCUGAUAUCAGUAAUAUUAGUAAUGGAAAUAUCAAAAGCAAUACUGGUUGCAACCAAUUUGGUGAAAACUUGGUUUUGGAUGAUGGGAAGAUGAAUUGCUCGAGCGAAAAUUGCACAUCAAUUGAGAAUGCUCUAUCAGAUAAGAUGAUUCCUGUUGUUUGUCAACAACAAGAAGGAAACAGUGAGAUGAAAGAUGUACUUCCAACAGAAUCAAAUACUUUGGAUUGCAAUAACAGUGAUACUCUAGAAAGUAUUAGCAGUCAAGCCAUUGAUACAUGUGCUGAUGUGCCUAGUUGUGCUGGAUGUGCCUCUGAAAAUGCUCCACAGACAAAUUCUAAGUUAUUAGAUGAUUGUGAAUUAGAAGCAAGUGAAGAUGAGGAAAUAAAUUCCAAACAUGUGAAGGUGAAGAGGGAUGCGACAAAACGGGUCCUAAUUGACAGGGCCCCGCCUAUUUUGACCAUUCAUCUCAAAAGGUUUAGCCAAGAUGCUCGUGGUCGCUUAAGUAAAUUGAACGGCCAUGUCACUUUCAGAGAAAAAAUUGAGCUCAGACCAUAUAUGGAUUCCAGGUGCAGAGAAAAGGAGAGGUAUGAAUACCACCUAAUCGGGGUUGUGGAGCAUUCUGGGACCAUGCGAGGAGGCCAUUAUGUUGCAUAUGUGAGAGGUGGUGAAAGGAGCAGAGGAAAAGCUGAGAAGGAGAAGAUUGGUCACGUGUGGUAUUAUGCUAGUGAUGCACAUGUACGUGAGGUUUCCCUAGAUGAGGUGCUUCGCUGUGAGGCCUAUAUCUUAUUCUAUGAAAAAACUUGAGCUGGAUUAAUCUUCAUUACAGUGUUUCUAAAGAUACAGUUCAGGUAGGGGAGAGGGCACAGAGAAGGAAAGUGAUUGUGUGUGUGUGUGUUUUUGAGAGAGAGAGAGAAAGAGAGAUUAAAAGAGAGGAAAACCAGAGGCGAGUGUCCACCAUAUGUUUUGAUACCCAUUCUUUCAAAGUGUAAUGACCUUUUAGGCGUUUAGAUGUACACUUUAAAGUUAUAUCAUCAGAAAAAGGGGGUUUUCUUUCAUAGUCCCAUCACCCCAGGGACCUUAA